UUCCACCUCCAACAGAACAACAGCUAGCUUUCACGAGACAGUGUGCUUUUAACAUUGACUCAAGGUCGGCUUCUUCCAGUGCCCAGAAACUCGAUUUUUCCCGAUUUUCACCUCCGUACUGAUGGGGAGCGGAAAAGCCCAAUACCAGCCAAAACAAUGAACAUUUAUUACAAUUCUGGUAAGUCACCUCUGCAGCUGAUGUGAGGAAAUCUCUAUAAUCUUUAUAAAAGGACCCAAGGACCACACCGUCAUGGAAAACGUAACCCAAUUCCAAAUCGAUUUCCAGUGCUAUCUCUUCACCCCCGUCUACAGCCUGGUCUUGUUUUUUGGACUGAUAGGAAAUCUCGGAGCUUUGUAUUACUUCAUCUUCAAAAUCAAACAGAAAUCUCCUUCAAACGUAUACAUCAUUAACCUGGCUGUGGCCGACACGCUUUUCUUGUUCGCCUUGCCAUUUCGUAUCCACUACCACCUCAAUAACAGCAACUGGAUAUUUGGCGACGCCAUGUGCCGCAUCACCGGCACGAUCUUCUUCGCCAACAUCUACAUCAGCAUCAGCUUCAUGACCUGCAUCUGCGUGGACCGUUACAUCGCCACCCUCCACCCUCACACCUACUUGAAGCUUCGCAACACCAAUCUGGCGACCCUGGUGAGCACCGCAGUAUGGUUGGUGUCUGGGUCAGCCAUGUUGGCGUUCAUGUUAACGUGCCCGCUAUCAAGUAAAGCCAAGAUGUGUUUUGAAGGCUUCAGUCCAAAAGAGUGGAGUGACUUGGCGCCCUACAGCAUAAGCAUUCUCAUUUUUGGAUCCCUUCUGCCUUCCGUGGUCAUCCUGGUCUGUUACCCCAUUGUGGCCUGUCGUAUCGCCCACAUCAGCAACUCCACCGCCCGCGAGGCACGACGGAUCAUAUAUGCCAUCCUAAUUAUCACACUCCUGUGUUUCCUUCCUUAUCACAUCGUGCAUCUUGCGUACCUCUUGGCACGCUUGAGAGAGAAUGAACCGUAUGUGAUGUUCAUCCUCCGUCGGUUGACCAUGGCUCUGGUCAGCCUAAACAGCAUCUUGGACCCGCUUUUGUACUACUUUGCAACAGGCCACUACACGUGGAGGUUCAAAAGACUGAGGCUGAAGAAGAAAACGGGGGUUUAUUCCAUUUCCAAAGGCUUUUGAGCGUCUAUUUCAGUAAAAAUGCACGAACAAUUUUCUGAAGUCAAAAAAACUGCAAUGCAGAAAUAUGGACUCCAGUGUGGCUUGAUGAAACUGUCAAAAUUUUUCUCAAAUAACUGUACUACUACAGUACAAAAUCAAACAAGACUAUUUGUAUUACGUAACAGCAAACUUAUUGAUAGGCUGAUAUGUUGGCCAAUGUUUGGCUCUUUUGAA